GUUUUCGCAAAGUAAUAGUUUUAUAACCGUUUCUAAAUCGGUGUAGUUGCUCAGUAAAUUCGCUUGUAUUCGGUGAAUGUUAUUCUUGCCAAACUCCUAAUGGAUAGUGAGCCCCCCUCCCAUGGUCGUUUGAUCGAUUUGGUGGACAACGAGUGGAUCGCAGACGAGCUCCCCUUCGACCACAUUCUAGUGCCUUCCGAUAAGUUGCCCGAUCCGGAGGCGGACAAUGGUGAUUCGCACAUGACUUUGAAAGAGCAGGAACAGAAAUGGACCGAUCUGGCACUGGCUUCGCUGGCCCCGGAUCUGGCCGUAACUGAACAAGUGAACUUUCCUGGUGUCUAG